AUGAACACAAAACACAGUUUAGAAUAUAACAUUAAUGCACAAAGACACAAUUUCAAUGGCCCACAAUGUGGUCCGAAGCCUCAUGAAUCUCGUACAGUUCAUUUUGAACCAGAAGUAAAGCGUGCUGGCCAAGGAAUUGUUAUACUUCAGGCUGGAACCAACAAAUAUGCAACACAGAAAGGAAUGGUGAUGGGUGGUGUCCGCCACAUUGCAGACAUCCGUUGUGACCAGUAUGAUGCAGAAAGCAACAAAGAUGUCUGUCUGCAAAGUGGCAGCAACAAAUUUGCAUCCCAGAAAGGUAUGAGCUUCGGAGCAGUUCGUCACGGGAAUGACAUCAAAUCAGAAGAGAUCACUGAUGAAGGAAAACGUACCAUCAAUCUCCAAUAUGGCUAUACUGCUGGAGCAAACCAAUCAGGGAUGAGCUUUGGAAAGAACAGAUCUAUUGUAGAUUAUAUUCCUGAACCAAUGUUUUACAAAUAUUAUUCCGUCAACAGGAAUUACAAUUCAGAAAAUAUAAUUCAGGCAAUUAUUUGUGGAGAAGCGCAAAGGCACAAUUUCAACGGCCCACAAUGUGGUCCGAAGCCUCAUGAAUCUCGUGAACUUAAUUUCGAUCCUGAAGUAAUGCGUGCUGGUGAAGGAAUCAUUGGACUUCAGGCAGGAAGCAACAAAUUUGCAACACAGAAAGGAAUGGUGAUGGGUGGUGUCCGCCACGUAAAUGACAUCAAAUCUGAAGAAGUCUCAGAAAAAGGCAAGUACACCAUCAAUCUCCAGUAUGGCUUCAACCACGGAGCAAACCAAGCAGGAAUGAACUUUGGAAAGAAAAGAUCCAUUGUAGACAUAUAA